GCUACCCAAACGGCCAUCUUCUUCAGAGCGUGCUCUAGCGAGGGUGUUAGGUAAAGAAGAAAACCAUUUGUCUUUCUCGUCUCGCUGGCCGCUUCUGGAACGUCGACAGCCUCCCAGAUGGAGCCGAAAACCCAAGAAGGGGAGACGACUCAGACGCCGAAGAAACGUCAACGCAGAGGCUCGCGCUCCUCGCUAGCCUCCGAGAUGGAGCAGAAAACCCUAGAAAGGGACACGUCUCAGGCACCGAAAGGACGUCCUCGCAAAGGCUCGCGAACCUCGCAAGCCGCCGAGGUGGAGCAGAAAAGCCAAGAAAGGGAGACGACUCAGACGCCAAAGCAACAGCAACGCAGAGGCUCGCGCUCCGUGCAAGCCUCCGAGAUGGAGCAGAAAACCCAAGAAAGGGACACGUCUCAGGCACCGAAAGGACGUCCUCGCAAAGGUUCGCGUUCCUCGCAAGCCGCCGAGGUGGAGCAGAAAAGCCAAGAAAGGGAGACGACUCAGACGCCAAAGCAGCAGCAACGCAGAGGCUCGCGGUCCGUGCAAGCCGCCGAGAUGGAGCAGAAAAGCCAAGAAAAGGAGGCGACUCAGACGCCAAAGGGACAGCAACGCAGAGGCUCCCGUUCCGUGCAAGCGUCCGAGAUGGAGCAGAAAACCCAGGAAAGGGACACGUCUCAGGCACCGAAAGGACGUCAUCGCAGAGGCUCACGAUCCUCGCAAGCUUCCGAGAUGGAGCAGAAAACCCAAGAAGGGGACACGUCUCAGGCACCGAAAGGACGUCAUCGCAAAGGGUCGCGUUCCUCGCAAGCCUCGAAGGCGUCCGAAAACGCUCAGCAGCCCGAGGGGGCGCAGCCGUCGGUAGAAGCUGCAUCGGUCCACGACCAGACCGCGGCUCCCGGCAUGGGCUCUUCCAGAACAAGCUCCCAGAGGCAGCAGCAACAGAAGUGUCCGCAGGAGCAGCCGGCGGGCACGGCGGCCGCCCAUGGCGGCCUGGGAGCGCGGCGCGUUUCGUGGCACGAGAUCCUCCCCGACGCCGCCGCCGCCGACGACGACGCCGAGCCACAGGAGAAGCCGGUGUCGCUGGCGACGAGGAUAGCCACGGUGGCCAUCGUCGUGCUCGUCGUCGUCAACGUGAUCGCGUUCGCCUACGCGAGCAUCGCCUCGUCGAAGCUGCCGCCGCUGAGGGAGCUCACCGAGCCGCCGGGGGGAAACCCCAUCUACAAGAUACCGGCCAAGGUGCUCAACGUCACCCGUGCCGCCGGUGGUGCCUGAACCGACCCGGCGCACAAUUCCACACGUGGCUGACUGCCCGCACUAUGCACCACGCGUCGGCGCUAUAGAAAAGCCGAUAUAAAUCGUUCUUAUCGUCCAGUUGGCGAAGAAAUGAUCA